AUGGCCGAGAUCGAAGACCCAGGAAUUGCAGUUGAUGAUAUUUUGGACAAUCAAUCAAAGCUUGAGGAAAAGGCAAAAAUUGAGACAGGAGAAGAUGUUGUGGCAGACACAGACUGGGAAGUUGUGAAUCGAUUCGAGUCGCUCGAUACUGUCCGCGCCGUCCUUUUACAACAACGUACACCAGGUGGCAUUGUUAGAGUGAACGGAAAUCCUUCCAGACAUACCUUGACAAGCAGGGUUACCGGGACAGUUCUAGUCGCUGCUAGAUCGGGCGAGAAGAUCACACUUGUUGGGAAUCCAUAUGUCCUUCGAUUCCGGCGACGUCAGUGA